GCCAGAUAGCAGGCCAGUUGCCCUUCUUUCAAGUCCAGGGCAGGAAGACGACAGAGUCGAGCAUUUACUUGCCGGCAACUCUCAGACAGAGCAGCAAAUCAUGUCUGUCGAACAACGUCUCAUAACGCCGGGCGCACUGGAUAAAAUUCCCGCCCGAAAAAGCAAUCUAGGGCAGGCUGUGUUCCAAGUGCCACUCUAUCUAAAUCAAGAAAAGAUAUAUCAUGCCCGGCGUCCUCAUAAAAAGUCACGAGCGGGCUGCUUAACCUGUAAGAAACGCAGAGUCAAAUGCGACGAGGGUAAACCAGUCUGUGUCAAAUGCCAGAAAUACGGUGCAUUGUGCAGCUAUGCCACGGUGUCGUAUGAAAAUGGCUCUAUCGCCGGUGUCGCAUCAAGCAUGCAAAAGCCAGAGAGCAUUACAUUUUCGUUUUCUUUAGACGAUCUGGCGACCCGGAUAGAGGAGAUAUUAAAACUGGAUACAGGCACCAAUGCUUCUCUGGUAGAACGAAACGCAUCUCAUCCCGUCAGCAUGAUUGCCUUCCAACAGUUUCUUAAGGGUGCCACCGACACGGUCGCCAACCCUUCCCUCCGAGCCGUCAUGAGGAGCGACAUGAUUCGGGUUUCAUUUACGAGUCCAUAUUUGAUGUACACAAUACUUGCAGUUGGAAUUCUCCACCUGAAUCGCAUUUCCCCUGGAAACAAAACGUGGCAGCUUGCAGAGACAUAUUACUGGCAGCGCGCGAUUAAGCUAUACCAAGCGGCACUUACCUCCAACGUCACUCCCCAGAAUGUUGAUUCCCUCCUGUCAACCUGCAUGUUCAUGGGAGUCACCGCUCUCUGCCCGGAGAAUAUCAAGCCAACGGAUUCAUGGGUUUUAUCCGAUAAACCGGAUGCAAUGAACUGGCUUUGCUUACAGAGCGGCCUCCGGUGUAUAAUAACCCUCGCUCAGUCGUACCUUGAUUCCAGCAUCUGGGGCUCCACAUUCCAGCAAGCCCACAAGGACGAACAGCAAUUCUUGAAGCGCGUAGUUCCAGAGGGACGGGAGGGUCUCGACCCCGAUCUGGCUGACCUCUGUGGGAUUGACGACUCUACCACGGCCAAGACAAAUCCAUAUUACGAGCCUCUCCGAUUAUAUACAGCCUUAUGCCAACUAGAACGCAAUUGGGAAAAUUCGGCCAAAUGUGCCGAAUUCAUGGGGAAGUUGACGAACGAGUUUCUUGCGCUCUUAAGACGGAGAGAUCCACCAGCCCUUUUGAUCAUGGCGCAGUGGAUGGGUCUUAUGUGUACCCUAUCCCACUGGCAGCCGUGGGUUUUUGGUCGACUUGUCACUGAAUGUACCGCUAUUUGUAUGUACCUCAAGAAUGAUCCGGAUCCCCGGAUAUCGCGUCUUUUGAAGUUUCCAGCUAGCGCGUGUGGAUAUUCGUCUCAGAAUAUUUCUCAGAACACCCGAGUAUGGAUAUCCUGAACCAUUCCUUCUUUACAUUUUAUAGUCCAAGGGACUUUAUAGAUAUCUUUUUUUUUUUU